GUUUUGGUUGAUACGUUGUUAGGAAAUAACUCGAUAAUUAUUUUAUCCGCAAUCUUAGAUUCAGCGAUUAAAUUUAAAAAAUUAGUUAGUUGGUGAAACAACUGGAACUUCCAUCCUAAAAUUGUCAUAACACACAACAACGCCAACACAAAUGAACGACAGUGGUAUAAAGUACGAAAUGGAUAUGAAGAUGGAACCUUCAAGCCCUCCAGAAAAGGAUCGUACCAUGUACUCUCGAUGCUCCAGCGCCGGGAGCAUUCAUACACCAACAUCGUCAGCACAUAAUUCAGAAGAUGAAGAAGACUCUGGAGAUAACAAAAGUAGCACGAUGAGCUACAAGGAACGGCGACGAGAAGCGCACACACAAGCGGAACAGAAGCGCCGAGAUGCCAUUAAAAAAGGCUACGAUUCGCUGCAAGAUCUCGUGCCAACAUGCCAACAAACCGAUGCGUCCGGCUACAAACUCAGCAAAGCGUCAGUUCUUCAGAAAUCGAUAGAUUACAUCGGUUAUCUUUUACAGAACAAAAAGAAACUAGAAGAGGAACGUGCAUCACUACAGAAGGAAGUAAUGGCUUUGCGUAUCAUACAGAAAAAUUACGAAAAUAUGCUACAACAUCAACAAGCAUCCCCAGGCCGAACGGAGGCUCGUCUUAGUGAUGAUGUAAAGUUUCAGGUAUUCAAAGCUAUCAUGGAUGAAAUGUUCCUCUCGUUCGAGCAGCUUCCGAUGAACGAUUUUGCCGAGCUUACAUCCGGUGUAAUACCUUGGCUAGAAGAGCACUGCAAACCUCACUUGUUGCGAGACGUUGUUAAUCGUAUGCUUGGUAACAUCACCACAAACUACACCGUUGAAACCUCCACCCAAGAUUUAGUUGGAAAUAGAGACAUGAAUUGAUCGAUUGGUUGUUAGGCGAGACGACUUCUACGCGUACUAUAAUUAAAUUUUUGCGAGGUUAGAUUACCGGCAAUUAUAAAAUUUAUUACUGUACAUUUAACGUGCACAUAUGUUUUGUUAUCUUUUUUAAUGAUGGUAUGUAAGUUUUAUAAGCUAGUAUUGGAUUUAAAGUUGAGUUCAUUUUGCGA